CGACCUCACCAAAACCCAGAACCCCCGUGGCGCGCCGUCGCCAGUCGCCAUCCCGCUCCCCAAUUCGCUGCCCGGAAAUGGCGACCGCCUCUCUCUUCUCUCCCCCCUCGCUCCGCCUUCUCUCCCGCACCACCGCCCGCCUGUCCCGCUUCCAGACGCUAGCCGCGAGGAAGCCGCCGGCCUCCACCGUCAGCGGCGGCGGCGGCGGAGGAGGAGGAGGCAAAGGGGGCGGGCUGCUGUCGGUGCUGGACCGGGCGCUGGCGGACGAGGAGGAGUACCGGCGCGCGCGAGCACAGGUGCAGCGCAAGGGCGUGGAGGUGGAAGGGUACGCCAUCGAGGGCAUCUCGGUGGGCGGGCACGAGACCUGCGUCACCGUGCCGUCGCUGAACGUCGCGUUCGACAUCGGCCGCGGGCCACCGUUCGCCGUCAGCCAGGACUACCUCUUCAUCACCCACGCCCACCUCGACCACAUCGGUGGUCUCCCUAUGUACAUAGCUACCCGUGGUCUCUACAACUUGAAGCCUCCUACUGUAUUUGUACCGCCCUGCAUCAAGGAUGAUGUUGAGGAGCUGCUUCAGGUCCAUCGUAGAAUGAGUCAAAUUGAACUGAGCGUUGAAUUAGUUGCACUUGAUUUGGGGGAGACAUAUGAAAUACGUAAUGAUCUUGUUGCCAGGCCAUUUCAAACUUACCAUGCUAUACCCAGCCAGGGUUAUGUCAUCUACUCUAUUCGAAGAAAAUUGAAAAAGCAGUAUGCUCAUUUGAAAGGUAGUCAGAUAAUGAAAUUGAAGCAAUCAGGAACUGAGAUUACAGAUACCAUACUGUACCCAGAAGUUGCCUUCACAGGAGAUACAAAGUCGGAUUUUAUUCUUGACCCAAGAAAUGCAGAUGCCCUUAGAGCAAAGGUCCUCAUAACUGAGGCAACCUUCCUUGAUGACCACGUUGAUGUUGAGCAUGCUAGGGAGCAUGGCCACAUGCAUCUGUCUGAGAUAAUGGAGAAUUCGCAGUGGUUUAGAAAUGAAACGAUUGUACUCACUCAUUUCUCAAAUCGAUAUAGUCUUGAGGAUAUUCGACAGGCUGUUUCCAGGCUACAACCUAAGUUACAUUCUAAGGUCGUUGCUCUGACAGAAGGCUUCAAAUCUGAACAUAGAUAAUUGUAUGUAAGAAUAUCUGGUGUUUCUCGAUCUUGCCCUAGUUUACUGAAUGUAUGUUAACAUCGGGAACUGGUUAUUUUGUUAAAGAAAAGGAGAUCUACUUAUAGAUAUGUCUGUGUUGUGUGCAGUGUGCUCACUUGUAAUUCCACUAUCACACAAAUGAGAUGUUCAAAAUACAUAACCUUUUCUUAGAUA